UCCAGACUCUUCACAAGUUGGUAAACGUCUCGUACGGCAGCAGCAGUGACAGCGAACGCCUCAGCGUUCCUCAGACAGGAUGGUCCUUCUACGACUGCUCACCUUCACACUCCUGUCCAGCUACUUCCAUCCAGGAACAGAAGUGGACGCACAGCGACAAUUCACGAUAAGAAGCAUCAUGCUUACCAUUGAGCCUGGUACUAACGUGACCCGCGACACCAACGUGACUGUGAGAUGCAAAGCCACAGUCAGCAGCUCCAGCCAGGAGGCGCUGAGUUGUGAGUAUACCAUCUACAAGGACAGCAGCACCGUCUACACCAAGAGGUCCAGCACCGCCGAGGAUCUGCUGUACCCGCUGCCCAAUGCCAAAGUCUCCAACUCUGGCAAGUACAAGUGCAAGAUCACCAUCGAGGGCAAGGAGAUGACGAGUGAAGCUACAAAACUCACAGUGACAGGUAUGUCGAAACCUGUUCUCCAGCUAAACAGGAAUGCGGUCAGUGAAGGGGAGGAGGUGACCGCCUGGUGUGAGGCGCCCGGCGAGACGGGCUCCAUCUUCUUCUACUUAUACGAGGACUCCAAGGUGAUCCAGGAGCACUCCAACUCCAACCCAAUGGAAGCCAAGAUACGCUUCCGCAACGUUGGCUUGCACAAAGUCCACUGUGCCUACGCUGUCCUGGUAAUGCCCAACACCUUCAACUCCGUCGAAAGCAACACCAUCACUGUUUCGGUCAAAGAGCUCUCCAUCAGACCUGUGUUGGAGAUUUUCCCUCAGGACAAAGUCUAUGAAGGAGACCAGCUCAGCAUCACGUGCAACAUCAGAAACGCUCUGUACAGCCCUGAAAAUACGCCCAUCGACUUGUACCUGAGCCUCGGGACCAAACUUCUCAGCAGUGGAAAAAAUAAAGUCAACCACACCAUGGUUGCACUGGCAAAGGACCCGGGGGAUUUCGAGUGCAGAUUAGAGAAGGGACAUGUAGAAAAAGUCAUCACAAAGAUGGUUUCAGUGACUGAACUGUUUUCAUCACCCACGCUCACCAUGAACCCUGCUGACGUCUUUAAAGGAGAAGUCAUGUCCCUGACCUGCAAAAGUGAGAGCUAUGCGUCUGAGAGAAUCAACAAGGAAGAGCUGACGUACACUCUUGAGCCGUCUGUCAGUCCUCUGAUCUCCACCAAGCCGGGAGAGUUUUCUGUCAAAGCCCUGACCUUUGAUUUCAACUACACCUGUGAGGCUCAAGCCAAAGGCAUCAAGAAACGCAGCGAAACCCUGACUGUGCGUCCUAAAGUUCCUGUUUCCAUUCCUAAGAUUUCCGUGGUUGGUCGGGCGAUCUUAGGAAAACCUGUCAAGAUCCGCUGUCACUCGGACUUUGGCAGUUUUCCGAUCAAUUACACCCUGCUGACAGGGGACGACAUACUGAGCACAAGCACUGUCAGGUUGCCCACUCAGGAAGCAGUUUUCACAGUCACCAUCAACAAGCCCGAAGAAAUACGCAAGUACAUGUGCAAGGCUCAGAACAAUCCCAAGAACGGCCUGCCCAGUUCAAGACUCAAUGCUACUCUUAUAGAGCCACUGAGAGGCCUGACUCUGACCGUCCUCCCUGACUUAACAGAAAUCUCAGAGGGAAACCAGCUCUACCUGAUAUGUGGCACCAAAGGCACACCACCUGUCACCUAUAAGUUUUACCGCGUCGGGGACAAACGUCCGCUGCUCACGAACACCUUGAAUGAGAACAACACACACUACCACGUCGACAAGUUGUCCAAAGAGCACAGCGGCACGUACUACUGUGAGGCUGACAACCACGCCAACAACGUCGUCCGCAGUGAGAAGGUCAUCGUCGAGGUUCACAUGGCGCUGUGGAAGAAAGCCGUGAUCGGGGGAGUUUGCCUGCUGGUGGUGUCGGUGCUGGUGGCGGUGUGUGUGCUGUACAUCAAAUCCAAGAGAGGGAAAAGACAAGCAGCUGCUGAAUUGUCAGUGUUGCUCAAAGGCUGGGAAAAUUCCGCAAAUUUGUUUUGGGGACCCGAACAACAUCUCCCGUGACCCAUCUGUGGGUCCCGACCCAGUGUUUUUGGGAAUCACUGCAGUAAAAGUCAAAGUCUAAGGUACAAGAUUCUUCCAUAGACCACACUGAUCCUGCUGAAGCAAUGACAACAAAAUGCUUAGCGCGUCCAUUAUUAUCUUCUUCCAGACGCAGCGCCUCUCUAUGAUGGCACGGAGGGGAGAGCGACCAAUGGGACGCGAGGUAGCGUGGCAUCGCGUCCAGCUGACAUCAGCAACUGGAGCAGCUACACGUUCCCAGCCACAGUAUAGAGAUGACGAGCAGCGGGAGGGAUUUAAAAUGUUCCGUUUUUUAAGCAGAAUUUGGACUUUGUUUUGACUGAGGGGCGUUUUUGUGUCGAGAUGUAAACCAGGACCCCGUUGCUCCCUCUCCCCUCCUCCUGCUGUCUACUGUAAAUGGCCUUUGAUUUAACACUUUCAACUUUGUUGUCUUUUAACUUCCGUUCUCUACGUUUGUGUGAUUGCAUUUCCUUUAUGCAGGAUUAUACACCACAUGGACAAAAGUAUUGGACCACUUCCGGUAGUUUUUUUUUGACAUCCCGUUCAAAUAAAGAAUUAAAAGCCCCAGAGCUGCUAUAGCUACCUCCAGCAUCAAGCAUCCGACCAGCCUACGGUCACAGCUUCUACUUUCCUACAGAUUUACUCCAAGAUUUUGGAGUGGAUCUCUGCUCCAUCAAAUAGACAAGAGGUAUACAUGUUAUACACGUGUUAAAACAUCAUUCGUUCACCUAUCCUCAUCAUUCACCUGUCCUCAUCAUUCUUUCACCUGU